AUUGAGCCAGCGAGGAGUGAAGCUGAGCCUGGCCUCACACGCUCCUAGAGGACCGCCUCCUGGGACAGAGUUCUCUUUGCCCCUUCCUCCUUCUCCAAGCUCCUCUCCUGGCCUCCCUACCUGCCCAAUACAAUGCAUAGUUGAGUGGCAGCCCCAGAGAACUGAAGCAAACCAAAGAGAGAGGACUGGAGGCAAGACACUCUGGUGGGGGAGCUUGGAUGCCUGGCUUUCUUUAAGGACAUCUUUGGAGCGAGGGUGGCUUUGGGGUGGAGGGUUGUGCUGCAGGCAAUCCAGCCAGGUCCCACGAUGGACACUUCUGGGCACUUCCAUGACUCGGGGGUGGGGGACCUGGAUGAAGAUCCCAAAUGUCCCUGUCCAUCCUCCGGGGAUGAGCAACAGCAGCAACAGCAACCGCCGCCACCGCCAGCGCCUCCAGCAGCCCCCCAACAGCCUCCAGGACCCUUGCUGCAGCCUCAGCCUCCGCAGCUUCAGCAGCUUCAGCAGCAGCAGCAGCAGCAGCAGCAGCAGCAGCAGCAGCAGCAGCAGCAGCAGCAGCAGCCACCGCAUCCCCUGUCUCAGCUUGCCCAACUCCAGAGCCAGCUUGUCCAUCCUGGCCUGCUGCACUCCUCUCCCACGGCUUUCAGGGCUUCCCCUUCGGCCAACUCCACCGCCAUCCUCCACCCUUCCUCCAGGCAAGGCAGCCAGCUCAAUCUCAAUGACCACUUGCUUGGCCACUCUCCAAGUUCCACAGCCACAAGUGGGCCUGGUGGAGGCAGCCGGCACCGGCAGGCCAGCCCCCUGGUGCACCGGCGGGACAGCAAUCCCUUCACGGAGAUCGCCAUGAGCUCCUGCAAGUACAGCGGUGGGGUCAUGAAGCCCCUCAGCCGCCUCAGCGCCUCCCGGAGAAACCUUAUCGAGGCUGAGCCUGAGGGCCAGCCCCUCCAGCUCUUCAGCCCCAGCAACCCCCCAGAGAUUAUCAUCUCCUCCCGGGAGGAUAACCAUGCCCACCAGACUCUGCUCCAUCACCCCAAUGCUACCCACAACCACCAGCAUGCUGGCACCACUGCCAGUAGCACCACCUUCCCCAAAGCCAACAAGCGGAAAAACCAAAACAUUGGCUAUAAGCUGGGACACAGGAGGGCCCUGUUUGAAAAGAGAAAGCGACUGAGUGACUAUGCUCUGAUUUUUGGGAUGUUUGGAAUUGUUGUUAUGGUGAUAGAGACCGAGCUGUCUUGGGGUUUGUACUCAAAGGAUUCCAUGUUUUCGUUGGCCCUGAAAUGCCUUAUCAGUUUAUCCACCAUCAUCCUGCUUGGUUUGAUCAUCGCCUAUCACACACGGGAGGUCCAGCUCUUCGUGAUUGACAAUGGGGCAGAUGACUGGCGGAUAGCCAUGACCUAUGAACGCAUCCUGUACAUCAGUCUGGAAAUGCUGGUGUGUGCCAUCCACCCUAUUCCUGGUGAAUACAAGUUCUUCUGGACUGCACGCCUGGCCUUCUCCUACACCCCUUCACGGGCAGAGGCCGACGUAGACAUCAUCCUGUCCAUCCCCAUGUUCCUGCGCCUGUAUCUGAUCGCCCGUGUCAUGUUGCUGCACAGCAAGCUCUUCACCGAUGCCUCAUCCCGCAGCAUUGGGGCCCUCAAUAAGAUCAACUUCAACACCCGCUUUGUCAUGAAGACCCUCAUGACCAUCUGCCCUGGCACGGUGCUGCUGGUAUUCAGCAUCUCACUGUGGAUCAUCGCUGCCUGGACUGUGCGAGUCUGUGAAAGGUACCAUGACCAGCAGGAUGUAACUAGUAACUUUCUGGGUGCCAUGUGGCUCAUCUCCAUCACGUUCCUUUCCAUUGGUUAUGGGGACAUGGUGCCCCAUACAUACUGUGGGAAAGGUGUCUGUCUUCUCACUGGCAUCAUGGGUGCGGGCUGUACUGCUCUGGUGGUGGCUGUGGUGGCCCGGAAGCUGGAACUCACCAAAGCAGAGAAGCAUGUCCACAACUUUAUGAUGGACACUCAGCUCACCAAACGGAUCAAGAACGCUGCAGCGAACGUCCUCCGGGAAACAUGGCUAAUCUACAAACACACAAAGCUGCUGAAGAAGAUUGACCAUGCCAAGGUCCGGAAACACCAGAGGAAGUUCCUCCAAGCCAUCCACCAACUGAGGAGUGUCAAGAUGGAGCAGAGGAAGCUAAGUGACCAAGCCAACACCCUGGUUGACCUUUCCAAGAUGCAGAACGUCAUGUAUGACUUAAUCACGGAACUCAAUGAUCGAAGUGAAGACUUGGAGAAGCAGAUUGGCAGCCUGGAGUCCAAGCUGGAGCACCUCACGGCCAGCUUCAAUUCCCUGCCCGUGCUCAUCGCAGACACCCUGCGCCAGCAGCAACAGCAGCUCCUGACCACCUUCAUAGAGGCCCGGGGCAUCAGUGUGGCAGUGGGAACUAGCCACGCGCCACCAUCCGACAGCCCAAUCGGGGUCAGCUCCACCUCCUUCCCAACCCCAUACACAAGUUCAAGCAGUUGCUAAAUAAAACAACCCCUCUCCAGAAGCA